UAAAUCAUGCUUUUUAUUUGUUUUUGUUUUUUAAUGUCUCUGUAAAGCACUUUGAAUCACCUUGUUGUUGAAUUGUGCUAUACAAAUAAACUUGCCAUGCCAUUGACCAGUUAUGUUAUUGAUUAGUGUCACCGCUCAAAGGGGAUUUAGUGUAUCAGCAGUGCUGCGUGGUUUGACUGGUCUGUCUAGCAGCUUCAGGUUUAUUGAGAUCCAAUCACAAAAUAGUUAAAAAUAAGAAAAGAUUCAUGUUUAAAACCAAGCUAAGCAUGAGCCAAAGUGUCAUUUGGUCCUUUUUAAUAUAUGUAGACUGUUCUCACUUCCUUUCCAUCACAUGUAACUGCACCACACAAAUCCUCUUUAGAGAGAUUUCAGAAACACUUAUCAUGUCUCACCAUGAGCUAUAAUGCUUUCUGAGUCACUCAUGCAGCCGGAAUCUAAAAGUGUCUGAAUACACAAGUAGGCAUUUAAAUGCCAUUUGGAGGGGAAUUGCAAGGUUACAUCUUCAUCUCAUAGAGCUCUAAGUUUCAUACAAUAAGGGGGGCUGGAAGAGAGGAUGAAAUAAUGUCAGAGGUGUGGAUUUCCCCAUCUAACUUUUAUUAAAAAUAGACUUUAAAGUGACUAAAGUUUGUUUUACUUCACAAUGGCUGAAUCACAUGAAAGAGCUUGGAAGUCAGAGGAAAGAAAAGGUUUUCAGAAUUGAAGUUCACAGUGAUAAUAAUAUGUGAAGUUAAAUGAGACAACAUUAAAUGACAUAUUGUUUUGUUUUUGCUCCAUGACUCUGGUCUGUUUUUUUUGUUUUGUUUUUUUUUGCGUUGUUUAUAUGAAAUAAAAAUAAUGUAAAUAUAUUUUCAAUCUAGCUCAUACUGGAAAAUUCCACUUAACAUCGACUACUCCUUUACCCAUCACUUUCUAGCGUAACGUCCAAGGACAUCCUGCUUGACUCCUUCAGGACAUAGUAACCAUUUCUGACAGAAGCAUGAGGCAGACUAGAGCUGGUAUACAUGGAGGAGACAGAAGGAUGGAAACGAAACACUUCAUUUUGCAUGAUGAAACUCUUUUAGGCUGAGUGCCAGUACCUCAGCUCUGUGCUGUUACAGAUAAAUUAAGAGUUGUAUUUCUUAAUGAAAAGAAGAGACUGGGAAUCAUUCUUGUACGAUUCCCAGUCUUGUAAGGCUUCAGGCUUCAUUUAAGUACACAUUCAGUAGCUUUUAACAUAGUUUUUAUCAGCAGUAAUGUUACUUAGUUGAGGUCUGGGUUCAACUGGAGCAGCCAAGCAUCUCGAUUCUUUUCUUCUUAUAGCCGUUCUAUAUAAAUUCUCUGGUGUGCUCGGGAUGUUGCAUUACACAAUUUUUAACCAAGCUUUAGCUGUUGGACAGAUGGUCACACAUUUCACUCGAGAAUACUUUGGACUACAGAGGAGUUCAGUGACUGAACCAUUUAACCUUCGAACUCAGGCCUGCAGUUUGCAGUUUUUCUGAGCAUUGCACAGUCUGACCUUGGGGUGAAUUCACUGGAGCUGGGCACUUUGUUAACACACUGCUGAAUGUUCCAGACCAGAACUACGCCUGAAAAACUGAAGAAGCUUCUCUGAUGAGAGGUGAAACGUCUUCAAGAAACUCAAAAAGUCCAGUCGCUUUUCUGUCCAAGCUCUUGAGAUUACAAUGGCGUGGAUGGCUGAGCCCUUCACAGACAUAUUCUAUGGAAGUAGUUUCUCAAAGGGUAUACUUUCAAAGUAUAACACAGAGUCCUGUGAAAACAAAACUAGUUUAUUUGCACUUGGGUGAGAACAGAAGGUCCUAAAAACGCCAGAGGUGGUAAAAUCUAUUCUUGGGAGCUAUGUCCUCUUUCAGAAUGACAUGAGAGGGAAACACAUUCCAGGCAGUUCAGCAGUGCUGUGCGUUAGAUAACUGAGUGUCGGCUAGCAUGCCUUUUGGGCUUCAGACAUUGAUUACGGUAUAUGACGAAUAAUCUGCAUAACAGUUGGGGCUACAGGUCACAUUUUUGGGUCCGAAAAUGUCAGAAAAUCAAUCAUCAGAUUUAGUCUGCUGGCAGUUUGUGUGUUAUUUUCCUGUUCACCUCCUUCUCUUUGUCCUGAAUGUGCGUACUUAGGUGUUUUAAAUCAGUCUUAUAACAAUAAAGGCGAUUUGCACAAUGAGAGAGUAAACUUUUAAGCCUUGUCAGCAAUUCUAAUCAGUCAGAUUGAUGUGGUCUGCUCUUGUAUAGAUUUUCAUUAUAAUAGAAAGCCUUGCAGUGCUUGCCAACAGUGGUAUGUUAGGUGUAGUCUAGUCAUUUACCCCUCACGGUCAUCUGGUUUCCCCUCUCACUCUGUCUGCUAAUAGCAGACUUUAUUCAUUUGCCUGGAACUUUUAUGUCAUUGACAAGCUAAAAUGUUUAAAAGAAGUCCGAAAAUAAAAACCAGAAACCUCAACUGAGUCUGUGCUUCAGUAACUAGAGGAUACAGACGAUUAAUUCUCCUUUCACAUCGGAAAACAUUUACAAGACUACAAUAAUAAUAAUGCUUUGGUUACAGCGUGAACAUAAUAAGUAGCAAAGGUUCAAUAAGGAGUUAAAGCAUCACCUUAAAGGCACUCAAAAUUGUUGAGUGGCAUCGUGAUCUGUACUGAGAUUAGGAGGCAGGGGGAAAAAAGCCUGGAGAGGUGGAAGUAUGCACAGGAGAGAAGAGGAAGCAAUGUGUGUAAAUGUGAGGGAGAUGGGUGGAACAAUGAAGCUCCAAGGAAUAGAUGUAAUAAAGUUAGAUGAGUUUAAAUGUCUGGGGUAAGCCAUCCAAAGCAAUGGACACUGCGCAAGAGAGGUGAAGACGAGUCCAGGCAGGGUGAGUGGGUGCAGACGAAUGUCAGGGCUGAUUUGUGAUUUAAGGAUAGAAGCGAGACCGAAAGGGAAGGUUUAGGACGUCUUAGAAAUGAGCAGAUCAGAGGGACAGCUCAGGUUGAGCAGUUUGGAGAAAAAGAAAAAGCAGUAAUGCUGAGAUGGUUUGGACAUGGUCAGUGGAGCAAAGUGAAUAUAUCGGACAAAGGGUGUUGGAUAUGGAGCUGCCUGGCAGGAGGAGGUAGGUAAAGAUAACAUGCAGUAUCAUUGGUUUUGUAUUUUAUCAGAAAUGACGUAGGCUUCAGUGUAGCAUUAUGCUGGAUGCUUCCUGCACUUCAAUUACAUUAACAAAUACAUUCAAACAAUGUCCUGUUCUGUUUGGGAUGAGGUAAUUCAGUUUUGACAGUAUCUUCCAUCUCUGAUGACGGAGAGGAAAUUGAAUUGUGUUUCCAUCUCAGCUCCCCCUCCCUGCCUGCCUCCUCUGAUCUGUUUUUCUUCUACAUCUCUCCUUUUUGCUGUGAGGUUGGAAACUCUUCCUGGAAUGAAAUCCCUGUGUUAGUAUUGAAUUCUUUCUGUUUACUUGUGGCUUUUCUUUAUCUUCCGAUUAGAGCUACUGCACAGACUAAAAAUGUCAUCAACAGAUUGAUUAAAAUAUUCCAGUGUAAAAGUAUGUGCAAAGAAUAAUUUAGCUUGUGUGUUGUUUUGUGUUACCUGCAAUCUUGUAAUCCUCCCUCAUAUGUCACCCUGCCUCAUGUAUCAUCCUCUCUUUCUGUCUCUCUGUUAUGAACUGUUACAUGAAUUCGGGGUCAUGCCAGACUCAAGUCUGCCUCAAACAGUAAAGCAACCCAGGACUUUAGUCCAGUACGACUCAGUAAAGCAUCUUUCCUACUUUAACUGGAUGUAAAUGUAGGUUCCAUUAAAGGGGCAUGCUUUCAAUCUGCCAGACGUCUGAAUGUCAGUCCUGGUGCUCUUCUAGUUGUACCUAUUGCAAGAAAUGAUUGUGUGUUGUCUUGUUUUCGGACGAGCAGUAUUAUUGUGCAGAAUAUGGCUCGAGCCCUACAACUUUCAACAGUACUUCUCUGCAGCCUUUUUUUUUUAAUAUAUACAAACUCAAGAUGGCAAAUAUCCACCGACCGGUGUGUGCUGAAGGGUUUGGGAAAGAUAAACAAGCAGGAUUUCAUGUGCUUUGAUAAAAUCUAUUAAGAGAGAAGAGUUGUCCAUUAAUGUGACUGCUUGCAUUCUGAAGUGGUACUGAGGGGAAAAGGGUAAAUAUAAGUUAUGUUUUAUGGGCAACAAAAGUGAUGUCCCAUCUGCUGGCACGAGGCACCCUUUGGUAGGAUUGUCUGAGCGGUGACACCUGUCAUUCAGGCGAAUACAGCAAUGAGUAUUAGCGCCCUCGGGACUGGUAGAAAUAGUACAGAGAUGUGGCGACAUGACUGUUUGCGUGCGAAGUGACCAUUGUGUCACAGAUAAAUGGGUCCUUAGUGAAACUGCCGUAUAGCACCAAACCACAACAACAGCAGCCUCAGGGCAUAUUGUAAAGUAAAGGCUCUGCAUUGAAAAAGGAACAGGAUGGAACAGCAUGUCUGUCUUUAGGAACUUAUCAUCACUGUGAAACAGGGUGCAGUGUUUGUUGCUGUUUGUUGUGGCUUGACUGAACAGACAUUAAACACACACAGCAUUGCGCAUUGAGCCAGAGCUGCUGCAGUCGCCAGCAGUCUUUUGAACUGAGUUUGAACUUACACACAUGCACACACCUACUUCCAUACAUAUAGAUGCACGGCGAUAUCUUACGUCAGUGUAACCUUUUGACCUACUAUAGCUGCACAAUACGCCAAAGCACAUUUUGCAUGAUAGAGAUCAAUUCAAAGCAGGAUACAGAGAGAAGAUUUGACUUGGCGAGCCCCUGAUACUACAGUCCUAAUCUGUGUGUCUGUGUGUGUGUGUGCAUUUGGAUUUUUGUAUCAUCAAGAGCUUGUUUCUCACUAUGUCUUUACCCCUGACAGUAGACACAGUCACGUUUAGCUUUAGCCCUUAUCAUGAGGACUGGAGUCUGGCUUCCUCUGCCCUUUAUUGAGAGCCUUGAAAUGACUGUAGAGUGUGACUGACAGAGAACAGAGCCUUCUGGAUCUUAUUUAGGAUUAUUAAAUAUUGUUUCCCUUGGGAUUAGUGGUUGAAUGUAAACAUUCAUAUUGGAAUCCUUUUAAAACAUCUUUAGUUCUCUUGUUGCAUUUACUGUAGCAUAGAGAAAAUGACAAAUAACAAAAAAUAAACAUUCAGUUUAGAUAAUCUAAAAAAGAGCCAAGAUAAAAUUAAAAUCCGUUUCAGAUUCCUUAUUGUCAGUGCACAGUUAUCCAGUGAUUAAUAAUCCAAACCCGAAACUGUUAAUUGCACAAGUGACUCAAAAGCUGUAGCAUUACACACAGAUGGUCCUUGAGCCACGCUGGAUCCACGCACAGCUACUCUGUGUUUCCCAGACGGCUUCAUUUCUGUAGUUCCUAAUUAUGUUAUCUACCACUUUCUAGUCAUACAUUUCAUUUAAUCCACUUUACAAAAGUUGAGACUUGAAGGGAAGACAGGCCACAUUAGUCUUUGUCUUAAUUUGUACUCUGUACCUCUACCCUAGUUCUCUCUAUCCUCUCUUUCAUCUGCCCUUUCUCCCUCUCACAGUGUAAAGCCUUUUCAGGCUUACUCAGCAUUUUCUUAUCAAUGCCCCGAUGGGGACAAAGCUUUAUGCAACGGCUGUGUGUCCACAUCUUUCUUGCUCUUAUUUCCCUCUCUUCGUUCGCUUUUUCUCUUUAGCUUUCAUCUGCUUUCAGCAUCAUCACAUUGUUCUAUAUAAACCAUCUGCAAAAAUCAAGAAUAAGUCGACCAGUCACUCAGACUUCAGGAAACCCAAAAAUGAUGUCACCAUCUCUCACAGCAAAACAAAGAAACCAUGGUCAUUACAGACGAGAAUAAGCACAGAAAGAAAAGCGGACUGUUCAGCCGGAUUUCUCUUACCUGGACCAAAUGAACCACAUCUCCAUACGUAGAGCUAUUAAGCCGCUGCAGCUGUGAACAGCUUUGUGUAUGAUAAAGAAGUGGUGCGUUGAAAGGCAAAGCUGGAUUGAAAAGUGAUUUCAGAGCUUUGUGGUUAUGUAAGAUCGCAGCUCUUUCAAGUGUGUGCAUUUUAGUUGGUCUCUAUUAUUGUGGAAAUUGCACCCUCUGCCUCCUGUCACUGAUGGAGUUGAAUAACACUGUGUUCACAUUCUUCAUCCUGUGCCAAACACCUUCAUGUUUAAUUUAUUCAGACUGAGCUUUCUCCUGCUGUCCUGUCUGACACACACAUCCAAAUACACCGUCAGCACAAUGCUCAGACAGAGCAGCACGCAACCCGUCUGCAUAAUGCAGACACACACACACACACACACAGAGCUGUCAUCCUACUACUCAUUUCAUAGUUUUCAUUUUCGGGCGGGGCUGUUGCAUAGUGCUGUUUGCUACCUUUCUUUACAGCUCUCUGUUAAUGCUUUUAUUUUUUCUAUUAAUCUUCCAAUUGCUUGUUUCUUUAGGACUGUCCAUUAUCGCACUGGACAAAUGUAGUAUUGUGUUUAUAUAAUUGUUGUGACUGAUUUCCUGGCAUUAACUUUAUUUCCCCUGAAACUCAUUUACUCCGAUUGUUUUAUUUCAGCGUGUCUGUAUACACAUGCAUGACUCUGAGAUAUCCGUCAGGCUGCUGUCCAGACAGCCAGCCAGCUGGCUGCGGGACAGUUUGACUAACAGUAGACCAACCCAUCAAGCUGAUGAAUGAAGUAACACAAACAGGAGCUCUUUAUCUCAGCUCCUUUAUUAUACAAAGAAGAUGACCAUCGUGUCUGGCACAACAGCCUGUAUUCCAAACCCUCAACGUCAGAGUGAGAGUCGAUACCAAUUUAACACGAAAUAUCAGGUAUCAAUAACAUGAUUUCAUAUUGUCUAUUGAUUGAGCCACAUUGCAAUGGCCCAUUAACUUCACGACAACACAAAUGUUGUUAAAUCUUGUGUAUUUGGUAGACAGAUUUCUUUACAGUCAGCUGUGGCCCAGAGCUAUUAGUCAGAACCUUCUGUUCAAAAAUCUCUGAGGUGAUACUGAAAACAGGUUCUUUAAAACAAUCUUCCUAAACAGUGAACUAAAUUUAUAAUUACGCAACUUCUAACUAAUUUUCUGCACAGCCACACUGCAUAGGUCACUGUUACACACUGGAUUAUGUUAGAAAUAUGGGUUCAAGGCAGAUUUCCCAGUUUUCCAGUAUCAAAAUGUAAUACUAAUAAAUGGGUAGGUACAUACUGCUAAGUACUUAGUACUUAUUAUAGCUUUAAUAAUUCUAAUUUGUGUCCUGAAGUAUGAUGUUGAAAGACACGUUGAUCAUGUCAUCGUCAUCAUCAUGAUGAGUCUGGCAUCUGGUUGGAAGGUGAAAUACGAUGUUCAUGUUGUAGCUGAUUUACAAAAUGUUCCUGUGAGUUUGUGGGUGCUGGACGCAAUGUUACGCUAAAUCCGAGUAUUAUAGGGAUAAUGUAGUAGAAACAGGAUAAUAAUAGGCAUGUGUAUCAUGCCUUUAUUGCCCUUGACCUCUAACCUCACACUGGGUGUGAGUGUAGGUGCCCACAUGCUAGACUACUUUCAUUUCAGUGUCUCUGUAUGCGUUUUAAUUUUAGCCAAGCUGCAUUCCGUCCACUACACAAGCAGUCAGUUGGUGGGCUACUGUCCACCAGUCUUGUGGCUAAGUGAACAUUCCUCUGUGUGGCCCCUUUGGCCUUUGCACUCACUAACACUGGGGCUUUGACCAGAGGAUGGGGGCCCAGACAGGGCUGCUGGAGCUCAGUUUGAUACGGAUUACUCAGGGUCUGAUCUCCCUCUACACACAUAGCAGUGGCUGAACAGACGAAUCUGUCCAUGGUCAGUGUUGUGUUUGUGCUGUAUACAGUAUAUAUAUAUAUGCAUGCACCAGCAGACAUAUACUCUCUCUCUUCUGCUUGUUUUUUUUUUUUUUUGCUUGGUUAUUCAAACCAUCCAUUCAUUCUCAUUACCAUUCUCUCAUGUCUUUGUGAGUCAUCAGUACAUGGCUCUCUGUGGCGUGUAGGAGGACUCCAGACGCUCUGCCUUCCUACAGUUCAAUCUAUCCUUCCAUCACUUUUUUGUCCCCAUUCCUGUUUUUGUUUUUUUCGCUUCUUUGCUACUUUGCAUCUCUCUUGUUUGUGGAGGAGGAUCACCAGUUAAAAAUAGUGUUCUGGUGUCACUUACCAAAACCUGCCAAAACAAGAUAUAUCCAGAAAAGGUAAACAUUUUCAGAUCUUUACAAGUGACAGUUAUUGUGAUCAAUUUUUGAUCCAGCUGAUUGGCUGAACCUUUAUUUUCUUUCUCUGAAAAGAAAUUGAAAGUUUCCUUGGCUGUGUGUUUACAUCCACCCUCUUUUCAUCUUCAUCUUAAAAGACAAGGUAAAAUACGUUUUUAACUCUUUUUACGUAAUAUUAAAGGGAAAAAUGAGACACUUUGAAGCUUUAUAAAGGCUCACUUACAUGCUUUUGGUCAUACCUCCAAGUUCUUGUAAGAUCAGGAAAGCGGUGGCUGUAAUACCAGCAUCUUUAAUGCCUAUGGCUUUAAGCACAGGUGAACACAGGUGUAUGUUUGCGUGUCCACAUACUUUUACAUACAAACCAUCAGGGAUAAUAUAUAUUUUUUAAAAUUAAAAAGAGAGUUGUGUGAAAAAGUGAUCAUCCAAAACCUCUGAUCAGUGCAUUCAUGAUUAAUUCAUGUGCAUAAAAUAAUGAUGCAUUAAGCACACAUUGCUCUGUGUGUGCGUGUUGCAAGGUGCAAAGGCAGCAUCUUGUUUUGGUUAGAACCAGGCGAGGUUCUAGUGACGGAUACACGGCGCACACGAGUGGAGAGAGAGGCGGAGCACUUGUCCCUGCUCCAUUCAUUGUGAGCAAAGCCUCUGUCUCCUGCUUGUGCCUGAUAGGCCGUCUCUGCAGAGAGAGAGGGAGAGAAAGAGAGAGAGGUUGAGCUUGUGGAAAAAGAACAGAGGGAGGAGCUGGAGCAUGUGAGCAUACUGACACAUCAGAGAGAGCAAAGAAAGGCAACAACAGAGGGGACGCAGAGAUUUGAGGAACAGAAGACAAGAGAAGAGGAAGGAAGGAAUCCUCUUGGAAUCCUCAUCUGUUCUUCUCAGAGACGGAAACGCUCAUCCUUCCUGCCUUGUUCGUCCCCUUGUGUUACUACUCUCAGCUGAUCUGGAUCUCCUCCUCCCCACAGCCUUUUGGAGAAACACUGAAAACUGAAAGAUGCAGGAGAAGGUGCAGGAGAGGACGGCAGAGAUGAAGCGAUGACUAACAUGCAUGAUGGGGUUGUGUGUGUGGCGGAUGCUUGUGUGCGUGUCUGCGAGACCCCUAUGGCUUUAACUGUAUGGAAUCUGGCCCUUUUGGUUGGCAUGGAGAUGGAUGCGAGGUGCCUUCUUGCUUAGUAAAUCACUGCUAGCAAACAAACACUUUUUUUUAGUCUACACUCUGUGUCGUCUGGUGAGUCUAACAGCUUUGUGCGUCUUUCUUUUCUAAUCUCAAGCCAUAAAACUGAUUGAGGAAAAGCAGGCUUUUCUCUAAACUCUGGAUUGAGUGUCACUUAGCAGGUUGAGCACAUAGGGCCUGUCAGUCCUGACUGAUCCCUCCAUAGAAAGAAACUCUGGAAGCCUGCUUGCCUGCUUGUGUUCUUGCAGUGAUUUCGGGACCUUGUUACAGCUCAGCUCUAAUUAAGCCAGAGGCAAGCAAGCUGGUGCCUUCCCAUUUAUGUUUUGCCUCCUUUCAGUCUCUUUUUCCCCUCCCUCUGUCCACCCCCUGAGGCCUCAUCGUCAUCAUUAAUUUCUAUUGCAAGCUGCACAUGAAUAAUGGAAGGAGCAGAGUUUCCUCUGGACUAGUGCCUUAGGGGUGGGAGGCAAACGGAGGAGGACAGAUGAAGAGACUCGAGAGUCAGAAACCAGAAAAAAGGAGCUGAGCGCCUCACUGUACACUCUGGGAAACUGAGGGGUGUGUCCAGUGCUGAAUAAAUGAAUGGAACAUACAGGGAAGAUACGGAGGAUGAGCUUUCACCAUUCUCUACAACAAGUUUGAAUACACACAAAAGAUAAAGAAAUGGAAGAGAUCAACAUUAGACCAGUCUUCUGUGCUUUUAUUUUCCCUCCACAGUUAGUAUAACAGCCUUGGAUUUUGUAUAUAUAUAUCAAUAUAUACACACACAUAUUUUUAUUCACCUUAUUGACUGAAUCCCAUCUAUUUGGCACUGAAACCUGAAACUGAUCACCUCAGUGACGUCUCAGAGAAAAAACAGGACUCUUAAAGCUUCUGAUUGAAAUGGAAAACGAUGACAACCUGAUGAGUAAAGCCUUGACGGACAGUAAAGAGGGGUGGAGGCUCUGAUCUCACUACUUCCAUGUGGACAGACUUCCUAGAAAGUGCCUGAACUUUGUUGCUUUGAAAACAAAAGAUACCUAACCUCGCAUUAUCAUGGAUGACUCAAGUAUUUUGAGACGCAGGGGCCUGCAGAAGGAACUGAGCCUUCCCAGAAGAGGCAGCUUUUGUCGGGCAAGCAACAGGAAGAGCCUGAUUGUCACGUCCAGCACUUCGCCCACCUUGCCACGACCACACUCACCUCUGCAUGGACACACAGGGACCAGCCCACUGGACAGUCCUCGCAACUUCUCUCCCAACACAGCUGCACACUUCUCCUUUGUUCCUGCUCGCAGCCAUGGACACAGGGCUGACAGGACGGAUGGCAGACGCUGGUCUCUCGCUUCAUUGCCUUCCUCUGGAUAUGGCACCAACACUCCCAGUUCCACUGUCUCGUCCUCCUGUUCAUCCCAGGAGAAGCUGCACCAGCUGCCCUUCCAGCCCACACCUGACGAGCUGCACUUCCUUACCAAACACUUCAGCUCUGAGAGCAUCACAGAUGAGGAGGGACGACGCUCCCCCGCCAUGAGACCACGGUCCCGCAGCCUAAGCCCUGGGCGCUCUCCUGUGUCCUUUGACCAUGAGAUUAUGAUGAUGAACCAUGUAUACAAGGAGAGAUUCCCAAAGGCAACAGCUCAAAUGGAGGAGCGUCUGGCCGAGCUGCUUGCCUCCUCGGCCCCAGAGAAGAUUUGCCCAUUGGCCGACGGGGUCUUGAGCUUCAUUCAUCAUCAGCUUAUAGAGUUGUCCAGAGACUGCCUGGAGAAAAGCAGAGAGGACCUCAUCACUUCCCGCUACUUCUACGAACUCCAGGAGAAUCUGGAGAAGCUGCUGCAAGAUGCUCAUGAGCGUUCUGAAAGCAUAGAGGUUACCUUUGUCACACAACUUGUCAAGAAGCUGAUGAUCAUAAUCGCCCGGCCCGCACGUCUGCUCGAGUGUCUGGAGUUUGAUCCUGAGGAGUUCUACCACUUGUUGGAAGCAGCUGAAGGCCAUGCAAAAGAAGGCCAGGGCAUUAAGUCUGACAUUCCCCGAUACAUCAUCAGCCAGCUGGGCCUCACCAGGGACCCUCUGGAGGAAAUGACUCAGCUCAGCAGCUAUGAUAGUGGAAACCCAGAAACCCCAGAGACAGAUGAUUCAGUUGACACUCGAGUAGCCGCUGUCCCAGCAGGAUCACCACAGACUAAAGCCAAAACCCCUCGAGAGGAGGACUUUGAAAAUAUCAAGCUCAUCAGUAAUGGAGCCUAUGGGGCUGUGUUUCUCGUACGUCACAAGGAGACCAGGCAACGAUUUGCUAUGAAGAAGAUCAACAAGCAGAACUUGAUCCUGAGGAACCAGAUCCAGCAGGCCUUUGUAGAGCGAGACAUACUAACAUUUGCUGAGAACCCUUUUGUUGUCUCAAUGUUCUGUUCUUUCGAGACCAGGAGACACUUGUGCAUGGUGAUGGAGUAUGUGGAGGGUGGCGACUGCGCCACACUCCUGAAGAAUAUCGGAGCCUUGCCUGUGGAUAUGGCUCGUAUGUACUUUGCUGAAACUGUCCUCGCCUUAGAAUAUCUUCACAAUUAUGGCAUCGUGCACAGAGACCUCAAGCCUGACAAUCUUCUCAUCACAUCUUUGGGACACAUCAAGCUGACGGACUUUGGCCUCUCUAAAAUCGGUUUGAUGAGUUUGACCACAAAUCUGUAUGAAGGACACAUAGAGAAAGACACCCGAGAGUUUCUGGACAAACAGGUUUGUGGCACUCCAGAGUACAUCGCCCCCGAGGUGAUUCUCCGUCAGGGCUACGGCAAGCCGGUGGACUGGUGGGCAAUGGGAGUCAUCCUGUAUGAGUUCCUGGUGGGCUGCGCUCCCUUUUUCGGAGACACUCCAGAGGAGCUCUUUGGUCAGGUUAUCAGUGAUGAGAUCAUCUGGCCUGAGGGGGAUGAAGCUCUGCCUCAGGAUGCACAGGACCUUAUUUCCAAGCUGCUAAGACAAAAUCCUCUGGAGAGACUGGGCACAGGAAGUGCCUUUGAGGUGAAGCAGCACCAAUUCUUCACAGAUCUGGACUGGAACAGCCUGCUAAGACAGAAAGCCGAGUUCAUCCCCCAACUGGAGUCAGAGGAUGACACCAGUUACUUUGACACUCGUUCUGAUCGCUACCACCACGUGGAUUCAGAGGAGGAGGACGAUACCAAUGAUGAAGAACACGUGGAGAUACGACAAUUCUCCUCCUGUUCACCUCGCUUCAGCAAGGUGUACAGCAGCAUGGAACGUUUGUCUCUGCAUGAGGAAAAGAGGACACCUCCUCCCACCAAACGCAGCCUCAGUGAGGAGGGAGGAGAUCGCAUCGACAGCCUGAGUGGACUCAAGUCCAGAGAUCGAUCUUGGAUGGUGGGAUCUCCGGAGAUCCUGCGGAAGCGUUUGUCAGUCUCUGAGUCUUCCCACACAGAGAGUGAUUCAAGCCCACCCCUGACAGUCAGGAGACGCUGCUGCUCUGCUAUCAUUGAGAUGCCGCGCUUUGCUAUCUCUUCAGAGGAGGAAGGAGGCCAAGGGCAAGGUGCACUUGGAAGUCGAAAGAGUCCCAGCCUGCUUGGCCCAAAUGCAGUCAGGGGCCUGCGAUGUGAUGAGCUGCCCCUCGCCAUCCCAGAGCUUCCAGUGGAAAGAGAGCUGAAGCUUGACGAGUCUCCCACCACACCAAGCUCCACCUCCAGCCAACUGAGCAAAGCCACACUCACUCCAGGCAGUUCAGGCGAUGCGUGCGAACGUGCCAACAGCAGUAACGGUGGUGCCGGCGGAGGUGCCAAAGCUGCAGCAGACAGCGACUCUCCCUCCAUUCCAAAGGCCAUCAGUGACCUGGCAGCUCGUAGGGCUCGCCAUCGCAUGCUGUCUGGAGAUGCAGACAGACACGCAACGACCAGGCCGCUCAACAAGGUCAUCAAGUCGGCCUCGGCUACAACGCUGUCGCUGAUGAUUCCUGCAGACCAUCAUGGCGCCUCGCCAUUGGCCAGCCCGAUGUCUCCCCACUCACUGUCAUCCAAUCCAUCAUCACGAGACUCUUCACCAAGCCGGGACCUGCCUCCAGCUGUGACUAAUGUCAAACCUGCCAUCAUCAUCCACAGAGCUGGAAAGAAGUAUGGCUUUACUCUGAGAGCCAUCCGAGUGUACAUGGGUGACUCUGACAUCUACACUGUACAUCACAUGGUCUGGCAUGUGGAGGAAGGGGGACCGGCCCACGAGGCAGGGCUCAGAGAGGGUGACCUGAUCACCCAUGUUAAUGGGGAGCCGGUCCAUGGCCUGGUUCACACAGAGGUAGUGGAGCUUAUUCUAAAGAGUGGUGCCAAAGUGUCCAUCUCUGCAACCCCGUUUGAGAACACGUCCAUCAAAGUCGGCCCUGCUCGAAAGACUACCCACAAAUCCAAGAUGGCAAGACGAAAUAAGAAAACCAAGAACAAGGAGGGACAGGACAGUAAGAAGAGGACAUCUCUUUUCCGGAAAAUCACCAAACAGGCAUCUCUCCUCCACACUAGCCGCAGUCUGUCCUCUUUAAACCGCUCACUGUCAUCAGGGGAAAGUGGCCCCGGCUCACCAACACACAAUCUGUCACCUCGGAGCCCAACACAGGGCUACAGGUCCACGCCAGACUCCACGCAUUCAGUGGGUGGGAACUCUUCCCAGAGCAGUUCACCCAGCUCGAGCGUCCCAAACUCUCCAGCAAGCUCCGGCCACAUUCGACCCAGCUCCUUACAUGGACUUGCACCAAAGCUCCAGCGCCAGUACCGCUCCCCUCGGCGCAAGUCAGCUGGCAACAUUCCCCUCUCCCCUCUGGCCCGUACACCUUCUCCCACCCCUCAGAGCAGCUCUCCUCAGCGCUCUCCUUCACCACUCUCCAGCCACACUCUUGGCCAGUCUGCCAUGGGUCAGUCAUUCCCUGUGAAGCUCCACUCCUCUCCUCCUCUGGUGAGGCAGAUAUCCAGACCCAAGAGUGCAGAGCCUCCACGUUCUCCGCUCCUCAAGAGGGUGCAGUCAGCUGAGAAACUAGCAGCCUCUCUCACUAACUCUCCUUCAUCUUCGGGCAUGGCAGCAGCAGCAGAAAAGAAGCUGGCAGUUGGAGCAGCUGUGGGGAGCCGUAAACACAGCCUGGACAUCUCGCAUUCUGAGUUUAAGAAGGAGAUUCUGCAGAGGGAGCCGAGCUUACAGAGCCUCCAGGAGUCAUCCAGCGAGGGUCUGCUGUCUUCAGCAGGACGCGGCGUGGAGAAAGGCAGUCUGCACAAACACUCUUCUUCAUCCAGGAAGUUAGGGCGGCAGGAAGGAGAUGGCACACUCGGUGUGGUGUCUGGCUCGCUGGGUCUGUCAGCAGGGAAGAGCAAGCUGAAGGACAAACUGUCAGCCAUCAGGCAAGACAGAGCUGAGCGAAGAGAGUCUCUGCAGAAGCAAGAUGCCAUCCAUGAGGUGGAUUCAUCUGAGGAUGAGACAGACGAAGGCUCAGAGGACAGCCAGGAUGGACGCAGGGGGAAUAUGUCCACUCCACCUCCUCUUCUGAGACCCACCACUGUGAGAACAGGUCCUGGAGGCACGCUGCCAUCCCUUUGCCUCUCCCCCUGCACUCCUCAUGCUACAUUCAGUCAUACAGGGCCCUCUCAGGUAGGCAGACCCAGCCACUCGCACACUUUACCACCUGUUGCAGAGACUAAGCCCAGUCAGACUCCCUGCUCUCAAGGGUCAACAGAUGGAAGCUUGGCCUCGUCCACAGAGGACGAUGCAAGACGAGAGAGGAAGGUUCUAGAGCCCAGCAGUACAACAAAUACCAUUCAGGGUCCCCUUCCUUUUUCCACACCAGGCAGUGCAUUCAUCUCAGUUAGCAAGGACACUUUUAUUAAGCCAGCUCCUCCAAAAGACUCAAAGACUGUCAUGGGAAAGACUGUACCAUCAGAACCCAGAGCAGGUGGCCAAAUGAUCGACAGAUUCAGAAUCACCACUCCCUGUACAGAGAGCUCCACAGGUACUCCAAAGACCACAGACUCCAGGACCACCUCAAGUACUGCAGAGUGCCAAACCACUGACACCCGCGAUACUGCUCGCACUUCUUGCUCAUCUCCAGGCAUCCCUAAGGAGAAGAAGGAGGCUGACAAUCGGAGACUGUGUGCAGCUGCUGCUGCAAGUCUCAGCACCUCACCUUCAUCCUCUUCCAGCUCUAAUUCAAGUUCAGGAUCCCCAGUUCCCCCUUCUGAAAGUGGGGUUGACAAAGUUGUGUCCCAGCUCGCAACAGUAGCUAAAAGUGUUCUGGGUCCAGUCAAAUUCAACACCAAGGAGCAGAAACCAUCCAGAGGUGGCGCCUCAGAAGUCCCACCUGCUGACCCUGUCCCUUUCCCCUCCAAACAGGUCCCGACCCUUCAGUCACCUCAACUCUCCCCAAACAGGCAGAAAACUCAAUGCGUUGCUUCACCAACCACCACCAACCACAUGAGACCAGCCAAAUUGACCACCCCAGCUUCUCACCCUCGAUCCUGCACAGAUGUUCCAGAAAGGCAUGCAUCAGAGUCUGCAGGCAGAGACAACACUGCCACCGCUGCAUUUGCACAGAGGUUCAGUACAACAGCAGCAGCAGCAGCAACUCAGUCCACUCUUAGCACAGCCCCACCCACUUCUGCAGCAACUGAGCCUCAGCGCAAGAGGUCAGACCCCCAGACGACGACAGCUACCACUGCUGCCUCGCAACAAGACAAAGCAACCAGCAAGAAGACGUAGCAGCAAACCUACCACAGUACCAGAAUAAAACGUAAAGAUCACAGGGCUCAGUGUUGGCUCCAAGUUUUAAAACUUUGAAAAACUGCAUGUUCGGGAAAAAAACACAUUUACAACAUCACACUAAUCAGAAAGCAAAGUAAACGCACAGCAGGAGAGCUGAGAAGCAGAGCCAGAUGUGGUAGUCCCAGCUUUAAUCCAGCUGUUCUGUGCUCUUUAUGAUUAUCUUAUGUUCAUGUGAGUUCUUGCUUGACAGAAUAUGAUGAGGAGUUUGGGGGUCUUUGCUUUUCUGCAAACAUAUAAGGGGCUAGAAACACAGUACUGCUCAGCAGUCCAAGGAGACACUACUUUAAAAAGUACACACACACACACGCGCACAGCUUUUUCACUCCUCUUGUGCUGCCUCAUUAUCUCACCUUGAUGUCGAGCAGAGCCUCCACACAUGUUCCUCAAAGAGAUCAGGACGUGCCUUACUUAACGCACUCCUCUUUCUCCCUCUUUUCUAUUCCUAUUCACAUCCCUCCUUUCUGAGCAUCCACUUAUGAUUGACAGAAAGUUGUAUCUGAGCAAUAAAGUGCAACAUUAUAUUUAGUAAACUGUUUAAAUGCAUUAUAGAAUUGUUAGUAAGAGUCAAGCAUCGUCAUUGUACAUGCAGCACCCAGCGAAAUAGGCCAAAUUCUGCUCUCACUGUGCUCCCUGUUGAUCCAACACUGUCGGCCUUCAGGACCCUCUGGGUCUGCUUCACCCUUUGCAGCCGACUGAACGUCUCUGAAACUUUUAUUCUGUUAUUGCACAGCAAACUGUGCACCUGCUGGACAUUUUGCAGAGUUCAUCAUUUUCCUGGAUUAUCCUCUGUUCCCAGUGUUUUUAAUAGUUUUAUUUCUAUCAUGCGCGGCUAAGUUUUUUAGUUUGUUUUUGUUGUUUUUUUAACUUUAAAACUGCUUAAAAUAAGAGCAUCUAAUAAAUAAAAUGAAAACUUGCAGUGGUUUUUGCUGACUUUCUGACACAGCUGUUGUACAGCAGCGUUGGCUCGCACUGAGUGAAGUAUCGGAGGAACAGGACAGGAAUGCGGCCAAGUCAGUGUCUCUUCAGUGUUUGAACUAAUCAUUUUCACAUAGUCUAAGCCCUGAAAUGUCCUGAUUUCCAGCAGAUGGAAACUAGCACAUUUAGGGUGAAGUACAGGAUUUGUACAAAUACUGAAAUAUUGUCUCUCCCCUCUUGUUUUACCAGAUAUAUUCAUCCAUACAUUGUGUCAGUUUUAGAUGAUUACCUUUUCAAUACAUGUAUUCUUUACAAGGAUUGUGCCGUACUCAUAAUUUGUUGCAGGUUUUCCGAUGUCCUUUAACUGUCUUGACCCCAUAAUCAGUGUUUGAGUAUUUUAUAUGAUGUGGGAUCAGGUUUUAGGAAUGGGGAAACCCUGGACACUGCUAUUUAUAGAUGUCAGCGGCUGUCCCAUUAGGCCCUUGCUCUUUCAAAAUGGACAGUGGAUCUCACCCACUGGUAUAACUGUGAUCCUCCAGCUCCAUUUUUAUUUUUCUGUUCUGUGCAAAGAAACAGGGAGACAGAUUUAGUGAGUGGUCCUGGUGGUGAGAUAGGAUUGUAGAUUGCCGCUGUACGGCACUGCAGAUGCAAAGGAUUUGAUCACGUGCCUGACUUUUAUUGACUCAGUCGUCUACAAAAACCUAAUUUAGUUAUACCAGAAUUCAAUUAAAGCAGAAACGCUCAGAUGCACCAUUUAAAACAAAAGAAUUCCAGUGGAUGUAAAGUAACAUGACCAGUUUUCACCUGAAACCCUGCUCUGCUGGGUCUCCAUCCAGUUAUUUUUGGCCCCCGUCUGCCUCUGAAGGCUGCACUGCUUUUAUUUGGUAUCAGGACCAACUCGCUGUGUUCAUCCUGUAAAGUUUUCUUUCUGUAUGACACGAGGAGGAAUCUGUGCAUGAUCGUCUGUGUAGAAUAUUUCAAAGUAUGUUGUGUUUUAUACACUGUUUGCGUGGGUGUGUGUCCAGAAUUCCCUGCAGCCUACCCGUGUAUGUGUGCUGGGCUGUCGACAUGUUUGUGUCAGUCAUGAGGCUCUGCACGAAGCGUUGAUCUCGCAUGAUUGGGAAGAAAGGCAAACUGUCACUGAAAGGAGAGCCGGUCUGGAUGUUUGACCACUGAUUCCGAGAGCUACUACUGUUUUUGCAGGUGAAAGCAAAAAUUGCACUUAGCUUGUGUAAUUCAGUGAUUUCAGUGUUUUUUGUUUUUGAUUUACACUUUAAUGACGAACUGAUUUGAUCCUUAGUAAUUUUAGUUUGAUCUUUCAAAGUGAGCUCAAAGCACACAAAGCCCAACCCACAGGAUGGCCUCUUCUCGUGUGUUUAAAGUGUUUUGUGUCUGGUGUGGAGCUUGUUUCACUGCAGGGGGAGCAGCAGAGUUCAUUCGUUUCAGUUUGCAUAUUAAGGACACUGUAAAAGUGACUUUGACAGUGACUGUGGUAAUCUGUAUUAUGUUUACAUGUUGAUUAUGUUUGUUUGUGUAUAUGUGUUGGGGGUGGGAGUGUCAAUGGAACUUCUAACAGGCUAGGAUGAUUAGCAGCAAGGUGAGCAUAAUGUGAUAGGUUCAUAUUGUGUCAUGUGACGAAGAGUUUGCAAAUGAUGGCGAUUCAGCACAUUUCUCUGCUGUCUGUGGAACGCAUCAGUGGCACGGAGCCGUUCCCCUCUGAGGAUCAGAGCGCUCUGGCCGAUCUGACGAGAGUCGGGGAGUUAAUAACUUUUUGUACAUCAUCAAACUUGAACAGUUUAGUGUCAAUGAGAUUAUCCGACCAUACUGGAUGUUGUUUAUACACACAGUCCAAACCUUUCGGUUCUUUCUGUGGCAUUAUCAAGAUAAUGGUGUUGGGAGAGAGAAUAGCCUGGAGCAGAAAUCAUUCUGUGGGCAGAUUUUUAACCACUGAUUAAUUUUUAGAGCAAGUGAGCACGUGAUUGUAAGCAUGUGUAAAGAUUUGAGCCCAAAAACUCUUCUGUCUGUGGACUGAAGCAAGAAACGAGUAGUUGGAUUUAUUUUAACUGUGUUCUCAGUUUUGGAUUUUUCUGUUUACAGAAAAACUGGAACUAGAGUAGAGUCCGUUUCAACAGCAUGUUUUCAUGUAUCCUUAUUAAAAAUCUACGUUAUAUAUCAACUAACAAAUGGUGACCAAUAUCAGUCAAAUGUGAGUACUGCCGCCUCACAAAUAUGCAAAAACGGUCUUUAGCAAAGACUGUAUUCCAAUUCCAAUUAACAAACUUAAGUGGAUUUGACCUCAUGGGUCAUCUGAAAGCUAGCAUUCACCAAUAGGCAUCAAAGUGAGGUUGGUGCUGGCAAGGAGCAAGCUCAUUUUGCUAUGAUUGCAAACACAAAUGUUGUAGUUUCAUCAUUUGUAAACCCCCACAGAUGACAGAUGAUAACCGUGUUGAGAUUCCAGACCACAAAAUAUAAGUGUGCUCUACAACUUCUGCUCUCAUGCGGCAGUUUUGUUCCCGAUUGACCUCCACAGAUCGAACUGAGUACACUGACCUGCUUAUGGUGUCACACGCUUCAUCCCAAGUCCUGGGAUCGAUUAACAAAUGGAAUUAUGAUUUAGUCACUGAAGAGCUUCCCUACGCUUCUGACUCACAAGCAUCACAAGGAUCGACGAGCUUUUACUGUGAGGCAUAUAGAUGAUUUAAACAUGUGACUGUGGGUAUGAUGAGGUACGAGGAGAAGCGUUAUUAUUACCACUGAACCACCACUUCAUGAGAUUCAGUGCUGUUUCAACGUACAUCCGUUAAACUGAUAUUAAGGGAUUGUGUUGGCUCUGUAAAGCAAGAAAAAUACUUUUAUUGCCUCGAGUCUUGUAGACAAAGGCAGUAUCUCCACGCUUUGUGUUGUCUUGUAGGAGUGAUGAAGAUGAGAAAGAAGAUUUAGCUGUGUAUUGUAAAAGCUUCAGAAAAGGUUUAAGAGGGAGAGAUGGGGGAAAAAACAUUGCUAGAAUAAAAACCAGUGCAAUAUCUUUUUAUUUUUUAUUGUGGUAAAAGCAUGUUGUUGUCAAUGUUACCUUGCAACAGUAAUAAAGUUUUUUUUCAUACUCUA